ACUCACAAACCAAUUUCUCUAUCUUCAUGACAGAUGUUAGUCAUGAGUUUUCACCAGUCCUGUCUGACCUGUUAGCCCCUCUCCACAUCAGUAUUGAAAUGGGGUGAGGAGACAGAAAUGAUCACCUCCUUUCUCUCCUGUUGGGAAGGUUUGAGGGUAGAGCCAGUACUGAUUCUACAAUCUCCUCAGAAGUUAUUUGGGUUUCUUCCCCCUUUCCUGUUCCCCUCUCUGAGGUUCCCUUCCCCCUGGCACAGGGAGUGGCUCCUGUCUGGAUUCUCUCUCUGUCACAGCAGGUGAUGGGAUGGUGAGUGAGAGCAAGGAGGCGAACCCUCAGCAGGAAGGUCCCGAACAAGUACAUUGGACGGUAUCAGGAAGAGCUGAUGGGGAUGUUUUCAAGAGUCCUGAGUGUAAAAGAGUGCCAGAGAAUCAGUGCAGGCCAGAGCGGUAUCAUGGAAACGAUCAAGAAGAGAGACAAGGUAAAUCCAGUCAUUUGAGCAGAGUAGUUGAGAAAAUCAAAGACACUGUUCAGCAGAGAAUCCCCACUGGAGAGAGACCCAACACGUGCAGUGACUGUGGGAAAAAAUAUCUUUGGAGGUCAGCCCUUAUUAUUCAUGAGAGAAUCCACACAGGAGAAAAACCAUAUAAGUGUCCUGAUUGCGAGAAAAGCUUCAGCCAGCGCUCAGACCUCACCAAACAUCAGAGAGUCCACACAGGAGGGAAGCCUUACAAAUGUCUCGAAUGCGGGAAAAGCUUCAGUUGUAGUUCAACCCUCACCGCACACCAGCUAAUCCACAUGGGAGAAAGACCCUAUAAAUGCCACGAAUGUGGAAAAAGCUUCAGUGAUAGAUCCACCCUCAGUACAUACCAGAGAAUCCACACAGGAGAGAGACCCUAUAAAUGCCUGACCUGUGGGAAAAGUUUCAGGGAUCGGUCAACUUUUAAUAAACACCAGAGAAUCCACACAGGAGAGAAACCACAUAAAUGCCCCAAGUGCGGGCAAAGUUUCCGUCAGCUCACACAACUCGUUAGACACAAGAGAUUUGACACAGGAGAGAGACCCCAUAAAUGCCUGACUUGUGGGAAAAGCUUCCGGGAUAGAUCCACCUUUAAUGAACACCAGAGAAUCCACACGGGAGAAAAACCUUAUAAAUGCCUAGAGUGUGGGAAAAGCUUCCGGCACAGCUCAACCUUUAUUAGGCAUCAUUAGACAUUUAUUAGACAUAUUAGGCAUUUAUUAGAAUCCACAGAAGACACAAACCUUAGGACUGGGAUGGGCAAAGUGAAUAAUAUCUUGCUGAUUCCAACUAACCCCAGAGGGCCAGGCCAGGCUGGAAGGGCCAUGAACUGGGGACAUGCACUAGUUAUAAAAGCAAUGAAUGAAAUCAUCUUUCUGGAACAGAGUCAUGCAGAGCAAGUUUCCCAUGCUGGGAUGGUAUUUGAUUAUUAAUUCUUAAGAAGCUCUGAAGAUCAUCCUAUAAUCUAGGAGUUCUCUUUGCUAUAUCUUGACUUCAGUAAGACUUUUGAUAUUGUCUCACAUGACCUUCUCAUCAACAAACUA